AUGCGCUGUGUCCCUCGGCAUUUUUCUCCUCUCGAGCUGUCACACUGACAGCUCACGAGGAGAGGAGAGCCGGGGACAUGUACACAGAUCAUCAGGGCACUGAUGAUCAGUGUGCCCUGAUGAUCAGUGUAGCCCCAGCAGUGCCACCUGUCAGUGUCCAUCAGUGCCUUAUGUCUGUGCUCAUCAGUGCCUCGUGCCAGUGCCACAUCAGUGCCACAUAUCAGUGCCUACCAGCGCACAUCAAUGCCACAUAUCAGUGCCCAUCAGAGCUGCCUUUCAGUGUCACCCAUCAGUGCCAGUCAGUGCCA